GUUGCCUGGAAAUGGACACUGCCGGUGUAUUUAUAGCCCACUGAGCACAAGCGAGGUCUGUAUCUAAAACACGGUGAGAUUCAGAUCCAGAGUCGCGCUGAGCUUCGCUGUCAGAUUUUCUAGACUGUUGGACCAAACGUGCCUGGAGGGGCUCAUCAGAUGAAAUCAUCAGUCUAACCACGACCACCAGAACCUGAGACACCCAGAGAGCGGAGAGAUGGAGAAGCCAGCGCUGCAGACCCAACCGUCCACCCUUCCUUUUUUCGACACGUCCCACGCCUUCAACCUGCUGCGGGGGAUCCAUGAACUCCGAGCAGAGCGAAAGUUCUUCGAUGUGACGUUGUGCGCUGAGGGCCACGAGUUCCACUGUCACCGCACCGUGUUGGCCGCCGCCAGCACCUACUUCAGAGCGAUGUUCGCAGGGACUCUGAAGGAGAGCGCUAUGGACCGAGUCGUUCUACACGAGGUUUCGGCAGAGCUUUUGGGUCUGCUGGUGGAUUUCUGCUACACGGGGCGGGUCACCGUCACUCAGGAUAACGUGGACGUCCUGCUGAAGACGGCCGACCUGUUUCAGUUCCCCUCGGUCAAAGACGCCUGCUGUGCGUUCCUGGAGCAGCGGCUGGACGUUACCAACUGCUUGGACAUCCAGGACUUUGCAGAGGCGUUCGCCUGUAGAGAGCUGGCCACCAGUGCUCGCCGAUACGGCCUCAAAAACAUAAUGGAGCUGUCCAAAGGGCUGGACUUUGAGCGGUUGCCUUGGAAGCGCCUCCUGGAGUUCGUCUCAGAUGAUGAGCUUUGCGUGGACAAGGAGGAGGCGGUGUAUCAGAUCGCGGUGCGCUGGGUGAAGGCUGAUCUGAAGCGGAGGCUGCACUACUGGCCCGAGCUGCUCCAGCAGAUCCGCCUCCCCUUCGUCAGGAGGUUCUUCCUGUUGGCCCACGUGGAGAGCGACCCGCUGGUCUACCUGUCGCCCACCUGCCUCCGCAUGGUGAACGAGGCUCGCAGCUUCCAGUCCUGCGAGUACGACCGCCACGACAGACCCUGCCACCGGAUGCGUCCGCGGCCGUCCACCGGACUGGCGGAGAUCCUGGUGGUGGUGGGGGGCUGCGACCAGGACUGUGACGAGCUGGUCACUGUGGACUGUUACAACCCGCAGACCGGACAGUGGAGGUACCUGGCCGAGUUCCCCGACCACUUGGGAGGAGGCUACAGCAUAGCGGCCCUCGGGAACGAUAUGUAUGUCACAGGCGGCUCCGAUGGCUCCCGCCUCUACGACGGCGUGUGGCGCUACAAGUCCAGCGUGAACGAGUGGACGGAGGCGGCGCCCAUGCUGAAGCCCCGCGAGUACCACAGCUCGUGCGUGGUGAAGGGCCAGCUGUACGUGGUGGCGUCGGACAGCACCGAGCGCUACGACCCGGUUCAGGACUGCUGGGAGGCCUUACCUCCCAUGCUGCACCCCAUGGACAACUGCUCCACCACCACGUGCAGCGGGCGGCUGUACGCCAUCGGCUCGCUGACCGGCGAGGAGACCAUGGCCAUCCAGAGCUACGACGCUGAGGCCAACCGCUGGGCUCUGGUCAGCUGCGGACAGAUGCCGCCCUGGUCUUUCACUCCCAAAACUGUGACGCUCAAAAGCCUCAUCUACUUCAUCAGGGAUGACUCGGCCGAGGUGGAUGUUUAUAAUCCUCAAAAGAACGAGUGGGACAAAAUUAGUCCGAUGACCCAGGUCCAUGUAGGAGGCAGUGUGUCGGCGCUGGGCGGGAAACUGUACGUGUCCGGAGGUUACGACAACACCUUCGAGCUGUCGGACGUGGUGGAGUCGUACGACCCGACGACCCGCUCGUGGACUCUCGCCGGGCGGCUUCCUCAGCCCACCUUCUGGCACGGCAGCGUCAGCAUAUUCCGGCAGUUCAUGCCGCAGGUCACCAGUGAAUGGGAUUUCGGACCCACCGAAAUCCCAGAGUCGAACGCCAUCCACCUGCACCGGCACCAACGGCACCUAGCGCUCCAGAACCUCAACAACAAUCUCAACCAGAACCAGAACCAGGACGUGAACCCGGCGCACUGAUUGGACCCCAAAAAGACUGCGCCCUCCUCAUUGGAGCAGCGGUGUGAUGUUUCUUAGACUUGUUUAGUCUACCUACGUGACAGCUGAUACAAAAGUACUGUUGGCAGUUGCAUUGUGGGAAAUGUAGGCAUCCAAUUCUAGGGAAGAAGGAAAAUGCCAAGGCUGUUUCUAUAAGCUACGAAAAUAAUGCUUGAUUUGGAUCCACUCCAAAAUAUAUGUUCUUCCUUGUCCUCUCCUUCCCACUUCCACAAAGUUUCACUAGAACCAGGGCCCGUAGUUUUUACCUCACCCUGCUUACAAGCAAACCAAAAACACAUCUAACUAUAUAGAGUUAUUAACUAUAUCUCUGGUUUAAAAUCUCUCUUGUUCCUUUAUUUGAUGUGUCUGCAGGUUUACAGCACUACAAAGUUCAACCAGUGUCCUCCUUUUACAUUUGGCCCAGAACAAGAGCCGGUUAUUUGUUCAGAAACAAUCAGUUUACAUUCCAAACAACGACAAUCACAAUUGAAACGUAUUACUAAACAGCCUUAUGGCUUCAAAUGAAGGGUGGAAAUAUAUUGUACUCAGAGUUGUAUCGAGUAAUCUUUUGUCACUAUUAUAGGAUCUCAGGACGACUGCAUGGUUUCAAUAACUUGUAUCGGGUUGAUUUACCAUUGAGUGACAUUUAGACGUCUCCUCCUGAGCCCUUUCACUAAGCUACGUCAGCCUUUAUAACCAGAAGUAGAAUGUGCAUGAAGAAUUGUAUUUAAGAUUUGUAUUUUUUUGUUGUGGUUUUGUAUGUUUAUUAAUGGAUAUAUUUGUGCUGUGGUUGCUUAGAUGUCCCCGUAUCUGUUGCAACAAGAAGAGUGACACGUUAGUGAUGGGUGGUCGGUAACUGGAAGUGCAAAAGAAUCUCAAUUGUUCUCAUGUAGUUCAGUUUCAUGUUUUGAUGGUAAUGUUUUCUUAGUUUUCAUACAAGUUUGUAAAUACAGUAUAUUCCUAACCUAGCGUACUCUGUUUGUUCACGAUGUGGUUGGCAUUAAUUGAACUGCAGGCAGGAGGGUUCAUUAGCCGAUUAGCUGUUAGCAUGUUGCUAAUAUUAUUCUUAUAAACAGUGGAUAGUAUUUCAACCGAAGGGGACAAUAUUUUUAUAAAUAGUAGGAGUAAGCUGAUGUAUUCACUUAUAAAGCUGUGUAUUUUAGCAUAAAACCAUAA